CGCUUCUGAUCCGGUUUGCUCAUUUUACGAAUGUGAAGGGUUGCUUUUAAAUUCACAGAGAUUUUUAAAAGCGCUGACGUUAUUGAUAAUAUCGACUAUUUGAAAAGAAAAGGCGAACGUGGUCGAUCUUAGACCAAAAUCGACCGCGCAUCAGGGGCCAGGGCGCAUGGGAUAAAAACACACCAAAAGUUUUGUUGCAUCCUGAGGAUACGUAAAGAGAAGGUUAACUUAAAAAGGUGUCUUGGUUUUUGGACUUUUUCAUGUAUUGGAAAAAUGAGACUUUGGCUCCUCUAUCAGAGGGAAAUCAAUUUCUAUCCGAAGGAAUUCCCGCAAAACAGGUGAUCUCGCCAGAUUCACAGAGCACACCGGGAGCAUCACGCUGCGUGGACAACCAACACGGACACGCUAUGUCACACUCUGACGGAGAAUCGCACAGAUCUAAUAUGGAGAAAGACGAUACGCGCUCUUCGCCCAGUCCGCCUUCAACUCCGUCCAUCUGCUCGCCCACCUCCACCGUCUCUUCCGUGCCGUCCACCGGGAAGAACGUGUGCGCGAGCUGUGGCCUCGAGAUAUUGGACAGAUAUCUACUGAAGGUUAAUAAUCUGAUUUGGCACGUGAGAUGUCUGGAGUGUUCAGUUUGCAGAACCUCAUUACGUCAACACAGCAGCUGCUAUAUUAAAAACAAGGAAAUCUUCUGUAAAAUGGAUUAUUUCAGUAGGUUUGGUACAAAGUGUGCCCGCUGUGGCCGCCAGAUCUAUGCCAGCGACUGGGUGCGGCGAGCCAGGGGCAACGCCUACCAUCUGGCCUGCUUCGCAUGUUUCUCCUGCAAACGUCAGCUUUCUACAGGCGAAGAGUUUGGACUGGUGGAAGAGAAAGUUCUCUGUCGGAUCCAUUAUGACACCAUGGUGGAGAACCUGAAGCGGGCCGCUGAGACUGGAAGUGGACUUACUCUUGAAGGGGCAGUGCCCUCGGAACAGGACAGUCAACCAAAACCGGCCAAACGAGCACGAACAUCAUUUACUGCGGAACAACUGCAGGUAAUGCAGGCACAGUUUGCCCAGGACAACAAUCCUGAUGCCCAGACCCUUCAGAAGCUGGCAGACAUGACCGGGUUGAGUAGACGAGUCAUACAGGUUUGGUUUCAAAACUGCAGAGCGAGACAUAAAAAGCAUACUCCACAGCACAGCGGCCCACCUCAAGGUCACCCGCAGGCCCGCAUGCCCCCUUCACUGCCAGAUGAACUGCAUUAUUCUCCUUUCGGCAGUCCUGAGAGAGCGCGCAUGGUGGCUCUGCACGGCUACAUCGAAAGUCAUCCGUUUUCAAUGCUUACUGCCCAGAGCCUUCCUCAUCAAGCCAUGACGUUACCCCAGCUCCCUCUCAGCCGCUAACGCCCCACCCCAGUGUGACCCCUGGCCCCUCACCCUGACCUCCUGCUCCAAACUUCCGUCUACUCCACCACGGACCUUCGAGGUCGGAUCGGGCUCAAGGAGAGGGUCACAGUCCCACUUGCUCUUGACCUUUGAACUCCCAAGGAGAGAGACUGUUUCCUCUCUGGCUUCAUUGGACAGGAUUUUACUCCUGCAUGACGCUCAUUUACGGAAAAUACAUAUUUGUGACCUGUGAAUUUAAGACUUGUUGCCGAAACUCUGGACUUGUGGACAAAAACACUGUAACAGAAGUGCUCUUGGUUGAUCCCUCUCUCAUCUCAGCUCUUGUUCGGAGAUGACUUUGAAAGCAAACAAAAGGAAUGUACAGUUACCUGCAUCAGUGUUAAAGAAAUAGGUUGAAAAAGCACAAGAGCACUGGGAUGUGGAAAAAAACAAGGUGGUAAGACAUAUUUUAUCCCUUUUCCUUUCUGAAACAUGCAAAACAUGUCUUGCCCAUGCAAGUGACAUGAGUGAACAUGCAUGUUGUUCCCAGACUAAUGGAUUAAAUUGAUCAUGCUUUUUCUCACAAUCUUUUUCCUAACUUCCCAAAUUACCACAGUUCGUAUGGCAUGAAAUGCUAUGCUUGCGUCUGAGGCGUAAAAAGAUGGCAAGUUUUAUUGAUCCAAAACAGACCCGAGUACAAAAUAAUAAUGUAACUUUAUGUCCGUUAUUUAAUUGAUUUAAUAUGUUUCAUUGAUUUUUGAGAAAGGGGAUUAGGAAAUAACCCUAACAAGGAAAUUUAAAAUUGACAUUCUGUUUUGAAAUGUUAAUGUUUGUAAAGUUGUUAAAAUAUAAGUGAUGAUUCAUAUAUUUAGUUUUACCUGAAAAGCUUUGAGUUUUCAAAGACCCUGAAGGCAUCAAAGUCUUUAAAAUCUUCCGUAAAGAAAUUGCAACUUUAACUAUUAUUAUUAUUAUUUUCGAAAAUCCAUCACAAUUACUGUUGCCGUAGCGAUUCUUUGGUUUAGAGUAAUAAUAAACCAAAUAGCACUGAUGUUAGGGUGAGAUUAUUUCAAAUCAUGCUCCAAAUGCUUUUACAAAACAGAGAAAGACAAUAUUGACCAUAUGAGGAUCAAGAAGGGAUUAUCAAUGACAAACUACAUUUUGUGGAAAAAAGAAAUUCUGAAAAAGAAAACGGUUUUCUAGUAUAAGGUUAAAAAGCACUUCAGAAAAAUGAAAAGAUAGCUACAUGUAAAGAAAAUGUACAUGUAUUUUUUACGCGUGUCCGUGUUUCAUUGUUUUAAUAAUACAUGUGUGCCGUAUAUGCCUCAGCCGUGACCAGAAAGCGAGAGUGUUGUAUACUUGCUGCAGACACGUUGUAUACUAACAGAUCAGAGCUGUGUACAGGUCUGAGACCAGGGGAAAAGUCUAAAAUUGUAACUUAAAUCUGAGAAAUACGCUCUUGUGUUCUGAAUGGGGGAUCAGGCCUUUACAUUCUUGUAUUUAUUAAGACAGGUAACCUGUAAGCACUUUUCCCCACUUACUUGUCUGUUUUAUAUAAAAAAGAAAAAAUAUUAAAAAUAAAAGAGAAAUAAAACAAAUAACAAUUUC